GCACGUGAACGCUGCACUAGACCUCUGUCGUGCCCGCGCCCACGCCCGCGCUCCCGCUCCCGCGUUGCGUGCAAUAGCGUGUUCAAGAAGAAGGAGAAAGAAGAAGAAGGUUGCGACUUAGUGCUUCCUCUCAACUCUGCUUGGCCAGGCGGGGCGUUUCAGCGCAGGACCUGAGAGAAACGCGGAAAAUAAAAGCUGCUGCUGAUUUUUGGUUUUUUUCUGCGUCCCGACGGCCACUGACUCAUAUACAGAUAUACACAGACAGGCCGCUGUUGAGGAAUGGAAGCUGAUCAGAAUCAGGAAGUGCCGGAGGCUGUUGCUGAGACCAAUGUGGCAGAGACAGAAGUGCCCACUCCUGAGCAGCCCAUAUCUGAGGAGGUGAAUGAGACUCCUUCGGCUCAGGAAACUCCCGAGCCAGAGGAGCCGGCAGUGGAAGAUUUAGAAGUAGAGAUAGAGUCCACAGAACAAACACCUGAAGUGGAGACUGCCAAAGAGAACGGGUCUCCUGAGGUGGCCACAGAGCCAGAGAAAUUGCCUGAGAAGGAGGAAGUCCCCGAGAAAGCUGCCGAGGUCCAGAAACCUGCUGAGGAACCAGCUGAGGUUGAGACAAAGCCAGAGAUUGAAGUGGUGGAGCAACAAAUAACAGAGCCAGCGAAGCCAGAUAAAGCAGAACCAGAAGAAGAUGGGAAAGCAGAGCCUGCUGCAUCAGAGCCUCCUGCCACAAGUGAAGCUGCACCAACUGAACCAGAAAAAGAGGCAGAGAAAGCUGAAGACAAGCCAACCGAGGUAGUGGCAGAAAAGCCCUCAGAGGCUCAAGCUGAGUCGCCAAAAGAACCGGCACUCCCCAUGUUCUAUGGCUGGUUCUUGCUGUCUGAUGUUGAAGAGAAGAUAAAGUGCUCCACGAUGGAGUUCCUGAAGACGCUGGACACUCUGGAGGCCUUCAAGAAAAAUAUCAGUGAUUUUACUGGGGAUGCAGAGAAGGAGGUGGAUCUGGAGCAGUACUUCCAGAUCAAUACACCACUCCACUGCACUACUAAAUUCUGUGACUAUGGAAAGGCAGAAGGUGCAAAAGAAUAUGCUGAACUGCAGGUGGUUAAAGAUUCCAGUGACAAAACCACAGAACUAUCUGUUGUUGGUCUCAUAGUAACUCCUCGUAUUUUCGGUGCCCGUGUGGCACUGACCACUGAGCAGCUCGCACUGUGGCCCACGGGAGCUGAUAAAGAGGGGAUUCCACCAGCUGACCUCCCUGGUGUCGAGGCUCUCCCAGUGGGCAGCCGUGCUCACGUGACCCUGGGCUGUGCUGCAGGCGUGGAGGCUGUUCAAACCGGUAUUGACCUGCUGGAGAUCCUGAUCCUCCAACAAGGAGAAGAGAAACCAGCCACAGUGGAGGAGCUGGAGCUGGGCACACUCUCAUACCUGGGCCAGGGUCGCUGGUAUCUGGCUCUGAGAGAGGCGGUCACGUGCGACGCAACAUUCUUGAGCUUCUCUGAAAAGCAACAACCCACUGAACCAGCCAAGAAGGAGGGUGGGGAGAAAAAGAAGAAGCCAAAGUGCUCAAUUCUGUGAGGAGAUGGAGAGAGAUGAGGAAGAGGAGGAGAAGGAGUGAUGGUGGUCUAGGGCUGAGACUGGUUUUGUGUGUGUGUGUGAAUGUUUUUCAGCAUUAGGGCAGGGUGUGGACGAUUUGGUUACGUACUACACCUCCUUACCAUUCCAAAGCGACCUCUCUUAGCAGGUGCCUUUUCCUUUCGCUUGGCAGCACAAGCACCAAGGCCUUAAAAUCUGCCUUACAGUCAACCAUCAACUUGCUGUAGCUUGUCGUUCACUCUGCGCUAGGUGCUCGCUCACACUGCAUUAGUCCUGUUUCCCCUUGCACUGCAGCAUUCAGUCUUCCCUGCACUUAACACAACUGAUUGCUUAUCUAAAUGUAUUGAUUUAUUGGGUUGUACAAGCAGCAGUAGUAAGAGUUCCUGUUUUUCAGGCAGACUGAAAUGACACCUUAUGAAAUUAGACAGCCUGUAAUUAAUUGUCAAAUUAUUGAUUUGUUAGGUUGUUUGGUACGAAAUGUGUAUGAUAGUUGGCCUUGGGGUGUGUGUGGUAAGUCAGAAGAUUUUUCUUUCCCUCUCCCUUUCUUUUCAGUUGUAAUAAAACGUGUGAUGAAUUUCGCUCAGAUUGCAUGAUGUUUGUGUCCAGCUUUAGUCACAACCAACUCGUAUACAUCUUUAAUGUGUACAGUCGCAGACCUGCUAACGGUUUCUCCUUUACUACUAAUCUUCUCUCUUUAUCCAGUAUAGAUGGCUGUUUUGCCUGUGGGAGUGAAACAGUGUGUCUAGCCUAACUCUCGUGUUCAUACUUCACAGCAGAUGAGGGUUUUUUUUCGUGCCAUUUGCCACUUCACAUGUUAACUUGUAUUAUCCUUUUCUUUAGCUUUGGAGCUAGUCUCACCUUUGCUCUUUCCAGCUGCUGUCACGUUUGACAAGCUGCACUAAGAAUACUGUGACUGGCCACUGCCUUGAUGCCUUUGUCUCUAAAACGGUGGUACAAGGCAGAAGCCGUGCUUUUGUAGGCCUCGCACGUCGAGGUGCUGUAUUUUUGCACUUGUUCUUUUUUUGUACACUUAAUAAACAAUUCGCUUGGCUCAGACAA